UAAUAGUUUGACCAGCUUAGCUGGCAACCUGACAAUAUAACAAUAGAAGAGAAUAGGAGUCAGUAUUUGACUAAACACCAGGCACUCAACAACACACAAUGGGAAAGGGUCAGAAUGAGGGAGGUUUCUCCCAGGAACAGCUUGACAUGUACAAGGACUGCUUCAAGCUUAUGGACAUCAACAAGGAUGGAACCAUUGACAAAAAUGAUCUCCGAGGAGCUUUUGACAACGUCGGUGUCCUCAUGACAGAAUCAGAACUUGACGGCUUGCUGGGAGAGAUUGGAGGAGCCUGCACCUAUGACAACAUGGUCAAGAUGUUCCAGGAGAAGAUGGCUGGAGACGGUAACGACUCUGAUGAUCUUAUCAUCCAGGCCUUCAAGGCUUAUGAUGUUGAAGGUAAGAUUGAUGUCAAGAUGUUCCAACAUGCUCUCAAGACCUGGGGAGAUAAGAUGACUCAGGCUGAGAUUGAUGAUGUCUUCGGUGAGUUUGAUAUUGAUGAGGACUACAUGGUCAAGAGCAAAGAGGUUCUUGGACUCUUUGUUGCACAGAAGGAGGAGGAGAAGAAGGAGGAGGAGAAGGCACCUGAACCUGAAGCAGCCCCUGAGGAAGAAGAUGAGGGAGAUGCCAAGAAGAAGAAGAAGAAGAAGAAGAAGGCUGCCAAGUAAAUGUGAAGAUAAACUGAUGCCCUCAAUAAACAUUCCUCCUUGUCUGAUUCCAGACUUUAUUAUAUAUAGAUUUAAAUAAAUGCAACAAAUGCAAUAA